CGCUGGAGUCGCUGCUGGAUUUUUAUUAUCUCCGUGGAUGAUUAAAGAAAAGACGGCAAAUCGCGAUAUACCAAAUUAUCUUUUAUUACAAUUUAUUGUUUGUGUAGCGAUUUAUUUAUUUUUGGCAUAUACCUUCAAGUCUUCACCGGAUAUGCACAUAAAUAGGAGAACGAGGUCAUUAUCAACAAGCGAUACUAAUAUCAGUUACUAUUUAAGUGAUAAACUGUUCAUGAUAUUAACAAUAUCAUAUGGGAUUGUUACCGGUGGUGUAUAUGCUCUAAGCACUCUAUUAUCUCAAAUGAUAUUACCCGUGUUUGAGAAAUUUGACGAGUCAACGGUUGGAUUUUUAGGGUUCUUAAUAGUAGUUGCCGGGAUGAUUGGAUCCUUAGUAAUUGGAGUAUAUCUGGAUCGCACUUUGGCUUAUGAAUCUUCUUGUCGGUGGUUAUAUGUUGGAACUAUUAUAACUUUAGGAUUAUUUAAUGUCGCGUUAAAAUAUAAGAUGGCAGAGUUGUUGUUUUUUUCAAGCUUAUUAUUUGGUAUAUUUUCAUUCGCAAUAGCGCCAACGGUAUGCCAAUACGCUACAAUAGUAAUAUCCAAAAGAUUAUCGACCAACGAAAUCACAACUACAGGAAUCUUAAAUGCGUCUGCACAACUCUUUGGUAUUUUAUUAAUUUCGUUGAUGGAUACGUUAGAAAACUUAAAUAAAAAAUUUACAAUGGAGCUUUCGAAUUGGGUUUUGUUUGUGAGUGUAAUCGGUGGAUUUGGGUUGUUGUUUUUGAUUUCACCAACAGAAAAUGAGAGUUAUGAUAGAGUUGAAGAAAACUAG